GUGGCCUGCGGAAGCGAAGGCUAUGUAGUAUAGCUUGUGUGUGUUUCUGAACAUUCAAGUGAUGCUAACGCGGAUCCCGCGAAUAUUAUUAUCAUUUUAGUUCUAUCCCGGCAUUUCAUUCAACAUCUACAUGUACAUCUCCUCUGAUGAGUUCCCAACAUCAUAAUGGACACAGCUUCUAGCUGUUGUGGAGUGUGACUGGUGGCAGUGAGUGUUCGUGCUGCGCUGCUGGUGUCUGCAAGCGUCGUCUGGUCAAAAGAAAAUCUUCCACAGCCGAGUCGCUGACUCGCUACGUGGUCACAGUGGAGGGCUUUUGACAUCACGACUCCCGGGUCCGAUUGGUUGUGGACAGGGAGGGCUUUUAGCUUUUACGACUCCCUGGUUGUGGACUCUUUACUUCACUCACUUCAUGAUCAUCGGAACUGAUCAUCUAGAGCAGAGAGUCUAUGCCAUGAAUAGUGCAGCUGGGGCGAUCUGAACGCUUCAGAGCACGUACAAAGUGCAUAUGGCAUGGCCAGCAGCGAGCUGGAGAAAUGCACCAUUAAUGUCAGCGACUUGGGUGCAUUUCAAGAUAAGAACUUCUUGAUCAUUUGUGGCCACGCCAUAACAAAAAGCGAUCUGGAUCACGGCCAAUCUCCCAGAAUGGAGUCCGAAGAAGAGAGACAGCCUGUGAGAAAGUUUGUGCUCAAAGUCUUCCAUCCGGAUCCAUGCAGCAGCGAGCGGAGAUUGCGUGCGCUUGGUCAGCUGCUGGAUGGUGCUAGCCAACGCGGCGUGGUGUGCUCCCGGGCGGUGAAGAGUGUGGACGGAAGUUGUGUGACGGAAAUUCCAGUCACCCGGCGGCGGGGUGUUGAUGGCGGUAUGCCGCUGGCGUCGCCGUCGUCUGAACACUGCAAUGCCAUGCUUCUGCCUGAGUUCUGGAGUACGUGGACGGGAUUAGCAUCGACACAUGCUCUAAUCCUAGAUGUGUGCAUCUAAUGGAGGAUGUUGGAAACUGGUGCGGGGCGCUGCAAGCAUACUUCGAGACAUUAUCGCAGGACAUCGUCGACGGAAUACAAUCCGCCGGUCUGGUGGACUGGAACCCGACGGAUGUGUUGACGAUCCGACAAUACCUGGAACACCUGGAUUUGUCUACAGAGCGUCAGCGUAUCUGCAGUGACGUCCUACAGGAGUAUGAAAUGAUAGCCGUACCACUGAUCGAAAAGAAUGAAAUCAGGCGCGGCGUAAUUCAUGGUGAUCUCUCUGAUUCAAAUAUUCUCACUUGCAACGACGAUGACGACGGCUCUUGUCCGCAGAAUCGUGUUUGUGGACUGUACUGAUCGACUUCACUGACUGUAACUUCAGCUACAUAGUAGAGAGGUUCCGCAGGAGCGCAGCCUCCUUGCUCUUCCGUGUCGCUUCGGCGGUCUCGGGCUGCCCCACCCAUCGUCGCGAGCCUCCCAAUAUCAGUCUUCUCGAGACAUCACCGCGCCCCUGACAAGCCGUAUCUUGGUCCAAGAUAUGGAAUUAGGCACCGCCAUUGACGAUGUACGCGCUGCCAAGAAGCAAGCGAAGAACACAGUUGACGCCUCGGUUCGGGCUGAUGCUGUGCUUCUUUCCUCAUCUGUGGAUACUGAGUUGCAGCGGGUCAUUGCGCUAGCGUCGGAGAAGGGAGCUUCUUCCUGGCUGACCUGUCGACCCUUGAAGCGGCAUGGCCUGACCCUCACCAAGGGUGAGUUCCGCGACGGAAUCCACUUGCGCUACGGCUGGCUUCCACAGCGACUGCCAUCAUCUUGCAGCUGUGGAGCCACAUUUUCAGUCGCUCACGCUUUGUCUUGCCCCACAGGGGGGUUUCCGUCGGUGCGGCACAAUGAGGUGCGUGACCUCACUGCCCAUAUGCUGAAGCGAGUGGCUCACAAUGUCUCCGUGGAGCCCCACCUGCAGCCGGUCACUGGGGAGCAGUUCCGGUAUCGCACCGCUAUUCAGACUGAGCAGGCCCGUCUCGACGUUGCGGCAAGUGGCAUCUGGGGUGGCCGGUUUGAGCGCACCUUCAUCGAUGUGAGGGUUUUCAAUCCUCAUGCGACCUCAAACCGCGCCACCUCCAUUGCUUCCUGCUACACCAAGCACGAGAAGGAGAAGCGGCGCUGCUACGAGCAACGUGUCCGCGACAUAGAGCAUUCGUCGUUUGUUCCGGCCAUAUUCUCUACCACUGGUGGUUUGGGCAAACACGCGGAGUCGCUCUACAAGCGGAUAGCUUCUCUUCAAGCCGCGAAGACUGGAGAAGCAUACAGCUGUGUUAUGUCUUGGGUUCGAUGCAAAUUGAGUUUUGCCCUACUCCGGUCCAGCGUGAUGUGUUUGCGCGGAUCCCGGAAUCUUCGGCCGGUGCAGUUGGACUCACCUCCCACCUUGGCGGUUGCUGAGGCGGGCAUUCGCAUUUGAUACCAUUUGCCUCUGGUUUUGACUGUAUUGGCUUCGUCUGUGCUCUUUUCAUCCUACUACUAGUAGUUUUCAGUCCGCUAUUGGGCGGCUGCACUCCAGCUCUGCUUUGCACUUCUCUU